ACAAAGAUGGGUUGGCUUCCUCGUCUCACCACCGCAGCCGCGGCCGGAUCCGCGACCUUUCUGAAGUUCUGCCGUUCAGGAGCGGACAUAAAGACCAUCAUGGAGGUUGAUAGUCGCUCUGUCCACUUGUCCAUCGGUUCAAGUUCGACAGUGGAUAUUUCUACAGCAUUCGUGGAAUUGGCAAGACACGUAAAAGGAGAGCUGAAAGAUGGCUUGGUACAGAAGAUGUUGGUGUGUGCCGGUGCUGCUGCUGUCGGGGGCGUCUCCUAUCUGGCCUGGAGGAAGUAUGGCAGGUCUAUCACCAGGCGGCUCUUCCAGAACGAGGACGAUGUCGAGGAGGAUCACGUGCUGGAGAAUAAUGGCGUCGACCACGAAGAUGAUGAUCAGGUCAACCAUGAUGAUGUUCGUGAUGAAGACAGUGAAUACUCUGAUGGUGAUGAUGGUGAUGAUGAUGACGUGUCUGAUGAAGAGAGCGACACCAGUUACCCUGACCUUGAGACCUACGUGUACGGCUCGUGGGGGAGGGGUGACGCCGCCACGAUGUUCUCCGACGAGGAGAUUGACGUCCCCGCCAUGCCGGCCACCCGGAGGAGAGUACAGAGAUCUCGCAAGAGUCUCGUCCGUGCCGGGAGAUCGCGAGACUACACAGAUUAAGUGUCCAGGAUGUGGGUGUGCCAGGAACAGUGUGGAUGAGGUGUGGUUGUUACUGAGAUGUGGGGUAUUGUGUUUGUGUGCACAUGGAUAUGGACCGUGGAUGUUGUGUUCAUUUUGAUGUGGGCGUGGCACAUGGAUGU